UGAGUGUGGAAGUACUUCAAUGACCGUCAACAUAGAUGAACGGCUAGUCUCAGGUGAAGCAUCUGCUGUUCAUUUUAAAGACCGAUCCUGCUCCGGUGUAAAGAACGAUAGCACUAAUGAGAUCACUCUCACUACAGAAUACAAUCAAUGUGGCACCAUCAUUGAGGAGGAUAACACAACAAUUACCUUCGUCAAUGUUAUCACUUACGCCAAGCCUGGCUCGGACGACGAUAUAGUAAUUACCCGUGAAUAUCACAUGCAGGUUAAGGUUGCAUGUUGCCUCGAGAAAGAGGAAAUCGUCAGUGGAUCCUUCAGACCACAGCUUGGUGAGGUGUCCUUCAGCGACAAGGGCUCUGGUGACUUCAGUCUGAGCCUGCAAAGAUUCCUGACAAAUGCUUUUGUUGAGCUGAAUUCGGACGCCACCACUGUCUUGCAAGGAGAUGACCUCUACUUUGCUGUGACUCUUGAGUCAGUAGCAAGUGUUGGUAUGUUUAUUGAUCGCUGCUGGGCGACAACCACUCAAGACAUGGAUUCUGCUGGUCAACACUCUCUAAUUGCUCAAGGUUGCCCAGAUGAAUACACAGUUGAAUUCUAUCCUCUCCCUGGAUUGAAUGAAGAACGCUUUUCUUUUGAGGCAUUUGCCUUUGUUGGGGAUUACACUGAGGUGUAUAUUCACUGUUCAGUGAAGGUCUGUGGUGCCGAGGAGGCUCAAUUGCUUCGAGACGCAGAAUGCCCCGCAGACAUUGAACCUCCACCUCCCGCCCGCAAACGUCGAUCUUCGUCCGUUAUGUCCACUCAGACCAUCAGGAAUGGUCCGAUUCGCAUCCGUCGCUCAACCAGCGAUAUGGCUACUAAUGUGACCACAGAUUUGGCUUCCUUCAACCCUUUUGCGAUGCUCCUCCUUGGAAUGAUAGCAACAUUGGUUGCUAUGGCAAUCCUCAUGGGUGUGGUCAAGCUUGCUCGUUUCAAACCUGAUAUCAGAUACCAGCAGGUCCCAAUCGAAUCCAUGGAAGGGAUUUAGAAAAAGGGCCAUAGAAUAGAAAAUGCUCUCUUACUCUAUCGAUAAUUGAUUUGAUAUCGAAACAGGACAUCCCACAAAGUUGUCCAAACAGGGCCCCUUACUACAAUCAGCAAAAGAAAAAAAAAGAGGGACACCCGCUAUCAUUAAUUUUUUCAUAUAAAUACAACAAUACACUGCGCAAACUGCAACAGUGUAUGUCUGAUGUUCAGUUAGGCCUAAAAUAAAAACUUGUUGUAUUGCCCUUUGCGACCGACCCCAAAAUCUGAAAAACUACGGUCGGCAUUU